UGAGAACAACAGAGAGGAUUAUCAAAAGCAGUGAAAUAGCGGUAAAUCAGGCGGAUGCCAUUAACGAUGGUUCGGCAAAUAUCAACUCGGUGAAGUAUCGGCUUGGAAGGAAUCGUAACUAUGGCGGGCAUGGAAGAGAAUACCGUGGACGAGAAAGAAGUAGAAAUCGUGAUUAUAGGAUGCAACAUGAGAGAUAUGAAAGAAGCAGGUCUCGUUCAGGCCCGAGUUCAGGACAAAUGUCGUCUGGUAAAGGACGAUAUGCCAAUUUUGUUUGCCAUUUUUGUAAAAUUCGUGGGCACAUUCAAAAACAUUGCUACAAGUAUAAAAAUUCUCAAAGAAGCUCAGUAAAAUUUGUAGGAGAGGCUACCAAACACGACGAAGCUCGAGACAAUGUACACGAUUAUUUCAAGAGAUUGCGGGUCGACUACAGCAGUGACAGCGACAGCUCAGAUAGCAAUCGGAGCGAAUCUAAUCUCGGCCCACAGGGGGCAGAUAAGACCGGGACCGGCCAAUAGAACCGAACACAGGCGGAACAUCCAGCUUCGGUUGGCCGAUAUGAGAACACCACGAGGAACCAAACGAUCAUUCAAGGAUAUGGAGGACAUUGAGAAUUCGGAAUCCGAGUUUCCCGAUCUGAGCGAACCUGAUAGCGUCACUCCAAGUCCGUCAAUAAGCGAAGUACAUCCAAGCGUUCUGCAGCCGACGCAUUCGAAUAGUGAACUAAGGAGAUCCAGAAGAAAGAAGAAGUCCAAGAUGCAUGAAGAUUUUGUAUACUAUUCCUAAACAUAUUUUCAGUGAAAUCAUCCAAGUUUUUUCUUAUAAGUAAGGUGUUGUUGCUAUCAAACUCGUAUUUUCAAGUUGAAUUAAAUAUAUUUCCUAAGAUUGCUUGUGAUCUACUCUGAAACAGUUUACUUAAUUUUAAGGGAUAAGGAGUGUAAUAUCCAUUCAGAAUUAACUAAUCGGUUUAGUUCAGUGCAACACCAGUUGACAGGUCUCGGACUGUUAUAAUGUAAUACCACCAUAACAAAGUAAAGUGUUCGAUGAAUCGUAUAAAACUUGAAUAAACGGAGCGAUCAGCUCUCUUGUAUCGU